GUUGUUUCAUAGCUAUGUAGUUUAUUGAUAUUUCAACAAAAAACAAGCGUAUCCUGGAUACCAUAAGAAGCGUUUGAAUUUAAAAAUAAAUUUGGAACAACGCGCAACUCCAGCACCGGAAAUAAUAUCGUCAGCUGUACGCAUCGAACGCCAAUGGUGUAAUCUAUAAAAGUCGAAGACUCAUCUGUCGCUAGGUGAUGAAGAUGGACGAUGAUAACAAUUUGUUCGGCUUCGAACUCGUGAAGGAAUUAUACAAAACACAAACCGCGAGACAGGAGGACCUCAUAAUCCUGUUCGUUCAUUGGUAUUUUAUAAAACACGGAUUUAGAUGUAUCGGAAUCGGCGAUACCAAAACGUUUGAACCGACAGAAAAGGGAUCACAAUUACUUCCAGAAGGAUGGAACACCCGUCCCAAUUAUGCAUUACGUUAUUUGGCCAACAGCAAAUUGUAUCUACUCCAUGCAAUAAGAUCAGAGGAAGAUUUGCUUCUAAAUUUAUUGAGGGUCGAAGGAGAAGCUGUGUCCAGUGUUCAGUUUCCGAUUAACCAGACCGUAAACGAUCUCGGUGGACCCACGCCAAAAUACCAAGAUGUCAUGAAUCUGAUUCAGAGAGAUCUCGUAGAUCCCUUACACCCUGGUAACACCUCGGAAACGUCCACUCAAACCACGUCGACGAAUGAUUCGAGGGACGACAGAUUGAGACCUGAUCCUUUAAGGGUAGGACGGCCUGGGCCGUAUCCAGGCCCUGCUGCCGAUCUUCUGAGAGUCGGAGCCGCAGAUUUAGAUCCAUUGGCACGUGGCGGUGGUGGAAUGAUCUUCGAUCCAUUUGCUGCGCGCAAUCAUGUGCAUCCCAACAGGCCCGAUGUAGGGAUACCGGGAAGGCUACCACCUGGAGCGGUCCCGCCAUUCGCCAGAUUCGAUCCCUUCGGUCCACCGGACCCUGACCCGCCUAGACCGAGACGCCGUUUACCAGAAUACGGUGAAAAUAUGUUCAUGUAAAACGAACGAAAUGUAACUACCACAAAAUACAUCUGUCUGACGCAUAGCGAUCUUUAUAAUUUUGUAACUGAGAAAAAAAGUGAAAAAAAAAUAGAUAGAGAACGACGAAGCUGUUCUUAGAAUAAACGUCUCCGCUUGUUCGGAAGAUCAGGGAAAAA